AUGUCGGCCCCUAUCGUCUACGAAGGGACCUUAGCCCGUAAAAACCCUUCUCAGAAUGGCCUGUUUAGCGGCAAGCGUUUUUGGGUUGGGCAUCGUGUGCCAUCGCGGCUCCGCUUUGUUCAAAUGAUCCAGAACAACGGGGGCCAGGUAGUUCCUCUCGAGAAGGAUGCAGAUUAUCUGAUCGCCGACCACGCCAUAAAGAAUACUUGUCUACCUGGAUCAUAUUCUUAUAAGUGGAUCGACGAGUCUUGUAAAGAUGGCGUUUUGAAGGAACCUGAAAAUUACUUGUGUGUUCCUACUAAGCAGAGUGAGCCUACUAAAACGGGUAAGCCUCAACCUUCUGGCUCGGCCGCUCCUCUGAAGACUAGAAGGACCAUGUUUACUGCCGAGGAUGACCGGAUCCUCAGGAGUUGGGUUGCCAGUCACGCAAGACAAGGAGCGAGAAUAGCAGGAAAUACAAUUUAUAAAGAGCUCGAAGAAAAGUACCCACAUCAUACUUUUCAGUCGUGGCGAGACCGGUGGAUCAAAAAAUUACAAUCUCUCCCUUGGCUGGAAGAGCCUGAUAGAACGCCAUCUCCUCCACCAACUAGACGAACUUCAGCCCAUGCCUCUCCGAAGACUCCUGGAUCUCUUGGGAGGCGCGUACCUACUCGGAACGCUGCCGUCACCCGGGAGCGGACCGAAUUUACCGACGAGGACGAUGAGCUACUCAUGCAACACGUCAUGGAUUGUGUACGUCAGGGCAAGGAAAUCACAGGGGUGAAGAUUUUCCGUGAUCUCGCUGACGACUUCCCGCAACAUACAGCGGAAUCAUGGAUGACCCGUUGGACUGAGAAGCUUGGGCCGAGAUUUAUGAUACGACCUGCUGAAGAGGAACCCGAAGAGGAACCUGAAGAGGAACUUGGAGAGGAACUUGAAGAACCUGAAGAAGCGGUAAAAGCAGCACUAGAUACGCGAACAGAAAUGGAAGCCGAACAGCCCCAGGACGUAUUGACGCCGCUCAAGAGCUCUCGAAUACGAAGUUCGACACAUUCAUUGCAUACUGUAGAUGAAGCGCCGACAGCAGUUACUAGUCCAGCUGAGGCUAACGUAGUUAAGAAUAAAGGUAAAGAACACCAGAUUCUUCAUACUGAAGUUCAGACAACACCCCAGGCACCUGCACAGGAAUCAGAAGAACCAGCGGAUGACUCCGAUCAAUCAUUUCCUAAUGAUAUUUCUAUGAAGGAGCAAUUUCUUUGCGAUUAUCAGGCAUAUGUGGAAGUCGAAGGACUCCAAUUUGUACCCUGGGUCACGAUAAAAGGGCGUACGUUCGAACUUUGGGAUCUAUGGCAAGCUGUCGCCUCUCAGAAGAUGGACUCUAGUGAGCGCGACUGGCAACAAAUUGCAGAAAGGCUUGGGUUCGACUGGGUUCAACACGAAACUAUUCCCGAUGAGAUCAGAGAGUAUUAUGAGAAAUAUCUUGCCGCUUUUGAAGAAAUUUGGGAGAGUUUCGAUGCCGAUACGGCCGAUGAUAGCGAGGACGAAGAAGCCGAAGAAGAUGAAGAAGAUUCAAAUGCUCGGGAACUUUUACCAUCAUCACCACCAAUUAUGCCCUCCUUAAAACGAUCAUUUGAUGCGCAUCGCUCGCCAUCCGAUCACACAUACCCACAGCCGUCACCUAAGCGGCGAAGAAUCAAUCGAGACGCGGAGAUUCCGUCUACUCCCGACCAUGUGAAUAAAACUUCCGAUCUGCGCUCCCAAGCUGAUAACGGUACAACCCCUAGCACCAGACGGUCGACCCAGCGUACUGCAGGUGAGAGGAUUGAAGAUAACGAAUCUCGAGAUGCAGUCCCUGAGCUUCCAGUCUUUGAAACUCAGGUAAAUUUUGAGAUGGAGUCGCAGUGCAAUAUUACUCCGUCGCAGCAGCUUCAUCAAGAAUCCGAUGCGAUAUCUCUGGAUCCUGCAGACGCAUCACCUACGCCCAAGGUUAGAACUCGGGUCACUAAUCGAGGAACCCCUACACCAAAAAGAUUAAUCCGGAACCCUUUCCAGGAAGACUCCGAUGGCGAGAUGACAAGGCCAACAACCACCAGUCAUAGCUACGAUAAUUCUGUAAGGGCCACUGUUUCAGGAAUAACUAAACGCCGUUCUCUGCCUAAAUCUUAUGCUCAAAAGUCGCCACCUACUAGCGGUGCUUCCACUUCAGUAGUAGCUCCCAGAGAAGAUAUUCAGCACUCACGCCUAGAGCGGUCUCAGCUGUCACGCCGCUUAAGUUCGCCUAAAGAAACGCCGGAAGAUAUCAUCGAUCGUUUUUGCUCUUUAGGUUAUCCGAGAGGGAUAGUACUCCAAUCGCUACGGGCCACGACCUGGCGUCUCGGUGACGCCGGUCACGUCAUGGAAAUACUGAAACGAGGCGAGGAGCUGCCACAGAGGACCCACGGAGUCUGGACACAGCGCGAUGAUGAUGCAUUAAAGUUGGUGACAGCGGACGAGCCUCCAAAGGAUGACAAAGAGAAGAGGAAGCGCAUAAAGGCUCGAGAGCGGCUUGAGAAGAAGCACGGUCCAGAAUUGAUGGAGCUUCGGCGCAAGUAUUUGUGGGAAGUUGUGUAG